CAGCACUCACAGGAGCCAGGCUUUACCUUUAUUUUGUACGACUCGAGUAUUGUGGGAAAGGAUCAGUUAUCCUAUGGCAGUAGGAACAGAGCCCUCCAAAAGGUUCAGUAGCAUUUCUUAAAAGAAAAUAUUUUGAUGGGAAAGCAGCCAUUCAACUUAGAAACGCACAUGUGCUUGAUGCCAUCUGUGUCAGGCAACCCCUCGCCAACAAGUGCUUAAAGAAAGGCAGAGUAACCUUCCUCUGAGUACAUUUGACAUUGGCUCCUUCUCCUGUUGCAUUUCCCAGGUAGUUAUUAACUGGCUGUUCCAGCACAGUGAGCACGCAAUGAUGCUUCAAGCCGUGCCCAGCCCUUUCCGUACAAACGUAACUGCUGUCUGCAAGCUGGUUCCCACCUUUCUUAGCACAUUCCAAGUGCCUACCUGUGUUUAAAAGAUACCUGAAGAGUUCAGGACUGUCUUCCAUUACUGACAGGCACAAUUUCUAAAACUGUCUGGAUUUUCCUGCAAGUCCCCUGAAGUUUUUUACAAAUCCAUGGGAUGAAGGAGAACUGGGUUUGGGGGGGAACACAGCAGGAAAGAUAAAGACUGUGAAAGCAUGAAAUCAUGAGCAACACGGGAGGCUGCUUUUGGCCUUGAGACAUCAGAGCAGACAUGAAUUAUUGAAAUUAUGGCUCUGUUAAUCUCUGUGUUGUCAGCCCUUCUAUAAACAGUGAGCAGGUGCUGUACGACUGCAAGUCCUGUUGAGUGGGAAAGCCCUCUGGUCAUGGAGUGGGACUUCUGCUGGAGCUCCAGCCUGCAGCUUCAGCUGCCUGACCUGGAUCAUUUGUUGUUCAAAGUGAGGGAUAUUGCUCCUCAAAAGCCUGUAUUAAUUUCUUUUCUAACAGGUGAUGUUGUUUAAUAGUCUAUUAGACUCCCUCAGUAGGUUUGUUUUUUUACUUUUUUUUGCUCUAUACAGAAUCUGAGUGAAGCCACUAACAGUACUCAAGGCAGACUGUAAUAUUAACAGAUGUGCAUGGAAGGUUUGCUUGCCUUCCAGCUUUUGGGGCUUUUUUGCAAUUGUUUGUGGGUAAAGUACUUGACACAGAGUUGCAAACAACUGUGUAGCAAUUGAAGCUCAAACGCAUUAUACAACUUCAGGAUGUGCUUUAUGGCCUGUCUGUUCUGAUCGUCAGCAUCAGGAGAAGAAAAUUCACUGUGUAUUAAAAAGAGGAUGGCAUUGAGGAACUAUAGGAAUUACUGUGAGGAGAAUUCUCUUGCACCAUGUGUUUUGACCCUGUAUCCAGAGUGCCAGACAGAAUUUUAAAUGUGAAUCAAUAGGUAAAUACCUAUUUCAAGGCAAAGUAAGGUGACUCUUCCAGGAGCCUGCAUUGCUGUUUUCCAUCUUCAGAGGUCUCUUAGAACAGCUGCUACUUUGAGUAUCUUCAAAACUGGAGAUCUGUGAACUCCAAAGCCAGCUUUUGCUGACAGAUACAGCAAGAUGCAGAUUCCACAAACAGCUUUGGCAAGUCCUGUAUGAAAAUAGGGUAAAAAUAUUAUUAAUUAACUUGGAUAGAGUUUGACUACUUAUAAAGCAGUAAAAGAGAAUUAAUUAGUAAUUAGGAUUUUAUUUUUAUUUUGGACUCUCUAACUGAGUGGAUUGAGGUCCAUGAGAGCAGUAGCUGUUUUUUCUACAUCUUUUGUUACAUUCAGACAAAUGGAAAACUAAAUAGAAAAGUCGACUUUUUGAUGAUGUAGUUGCUGAACUCCAUUCUGGAGCAGUAGUAUCUUUCACACCUUGAACAGGCUUUUAACCCUGAAAAUGAGAAAUGCCUAGCACAUUUUGGGGAAAGCAGGUUACUGGGAAAACCUCAUUUUAGGACCACUUCAGAAAAGCAAGGCCUGGUUCAAGUGGCUCGUAUCAGGUUGCUGCCACUUAGGUUCCUGCUCUUGCAGAGGCUUUCUGCAGGGGAAAGGCUUGGCUACAUUACAUGUUCCAUUCUUUUCUCUGCUGAAACAGCUGGAGGAAGAAUAUGGCCCUGCUUUGCAGGAAGAAUUUGUUCUCCAAGAUUCAGUUACAAGACUGGGACCUGAGCCUGGUAAUUCAUGUAUUCUAGUACACUUCCCAAGGCAAACUUUGAAUGGUGUUACUAAGAUGUCUCAGUAGUGCAAGAAUACCUUUGAAGCUGUAAAGCAUCAAUGUUUAACUCAAAAGGCUCUGCUAUGGUUAGUCCUCAUGCUUAAUCUAGUAGGGCAGUAUUAAUAAUGAUUAUUUAGCAUUUUCCAGAUAAUUUCUGUUUCACAAGCAAAAAAUUUUGUAGAAGUUUUUUUUUUUUCCAGACCACAAUGAUGAAAGUGCAUGGUUGUUUUGCUUCUGAAGGUGUAAAUCUGAUGUUUGUCACCUGUACUGUCUCUGCAUCUGUAUUACCAGUGAAUUUCUGACUGCUGAGCGUGAUUUUGUGAUUGCAAUUCCUAUGGAGUUAAGGACCUAAAUUUUUAAGCCAAUGAAUGGCAGGAGCAGAAAAAUAAUGAUUAUCUGCUUAAGGGGUGUUGAUUUCAUACUACUGAGUCAUUUGUUUUCUUAAAAAUAAACCCCAAGUUGUCCCCCAAAGCAAAACCUACAGUUUAAUUGUGUCUCUCUUUUUAGACUUUGUCAUUACUUAGCUCUCACAGGUGACAUGAGCCUAUCUGGGCUAGAUUUGCUGCACAAGAAAACAACCCUGACUUUUACCGGGUGGGUGGACAGGAAAAAAACCCAACUUUUUGUCAGUCUUUUGUGUUGCAGCAGCUGGAUUCAUUGCUGCUAUAGCAACACACCACAUGAUGAGGUGUAUUAGAUUGCUCUGCGCAGAACACGAGGGGGAAAAGGAACACAGCUCCUUGCUGAAGGUAAAGGUUGCACUGGAGUUUCUGCUGGAGAGCUGGGGAAGGUCAAAUGCUCCAGAUUCCAGUACUUGUUGUGCACAGGGGAAGGUAGAGGCGUGUGGAGGUGUUAAACUGCAGAACCAGAAUGAUUGAAGAUUGUGGGAAAAGAGGAAAUACCAUGGCAGAAAGAAGGCAGCUGUUUGCAGAAAUGCGGGCUCAGGAUCUGGAUCGCAUCCGUUUGUCCACCUACCGAACAGCGUGCAAGCUUAGAUUUGUUCAGAAGAAAUGCAACUUGCACCUGGUGGACAUCUGGAAUGUGAUAGAAGCCUUGCGGGAGAACGCCCUGAACAACCUGGACCCCAGCAUGGAACUGAGCGUGGCUCGCCUGGAAGCUGUGAUUUCAACCAUCUUCUACCAGCUCAACAAACGGAUGCCAACCACCCAUCAGAUCAACGUGGAGCAGUCCAUCAGCCUGCUCCUCAACUUCCUCCUAGCAGCCUUUGAUCCGGAAGGACAUGGUAAAAUUUCCGUUUUUGCUGUCAAAAUGGCCUUGGCAACUCUUUGUGGAGGAAAAAUCAUGGACAAAUUAAGAUAUAUUUUCUCCAUGAUUUCUGACUCCAGCGGGGUGAUGGUUUAUGGCAGGUACGACAUGUUCCUGCGCGAGGUUCUCAAGCUGCCCACCGCCGUCUUCGAGGGGCCUUCAUUUGGUUACACUGAGCAGUCAGCAAAAUCUUGUUUCUCACAACAGAAAAAAGUCACAUUAAAUACUUUCUUGGAUACUCUCAUGUCUGAUCCCCCACCACAGUGUCUAGUGUGGUUACCACUUCUGCAUCGACUGGCAAAUGUUGAAAAUGUCUUCCACCCCGUCGAGUGUUCCUACUGCCACAGCGAGAGCAUGAUGGGGUUUCGCUACCGCUGCCAGCAGUGUCACAAUUACCAGCUCUGUCAGGACUGCUUCUGGAGGGGCCAUGCCAGCGGUUCCCACAGCAACCAGCACCAAAUGAAAGAGUACACGUCAUGGAAAUCACCUGCUAAGAAGCUAACUAAUGCACUUAGCAAGUCUUUAAGCUGUGCUUCCAGCCGUGAACCUUUGCACCCAAUGUUCCCUGACCAGCCUGAAAAACCUCUAAACCUGGCUCAUAUUGUAGAUACUUGGCCCCCCCGACCUGUAACCAGCAUGAACGACACACUCUUCUCCCAUUCUGUUCCCUCAGGAAGUCCCUUUGCAAACAGAAGGUUACUUGGGGGUAUAAAUGCAGCCAGUCCUGUGGCUGAUGAGCAUUCUCUUAUAAAGCUGUAUGUAAAUCAGCUUCACAACAACUCACGCGUCCUUGACAGUGCAAGUCGCCUGGAUGAAGAGCACAAGCUGAUCGCCAGGUAUGCAGCAAGGCUGGCAGCAGAAACUUCUUCAUCACAGCCGAGUCAGCAGAGAGGGGCAUCAGAUAUCUCCUUCACCAUUGAUGCAAACAAGCAACAAAGGCAGCUGAUUGCAGAGCUUGAAAAUAAAAACCGAGAAAUCCUACAGGAGAUCCAGAGGCUGCGACUUGAACAUGAGCAAGCGUCUCAGCCCACACCAGAGAAGGCCCAACAAAAUCCCACUCUCCUCGCAGAGCUCCGGCUCCUGAGACAAAGGAAGGAUGAGCUGGAACAGAGGAUGUCUGCUCUCCAGGAAAGCCGAAGGGAGCUCAUGGUUCAGCUAGAAGGCCUCAUGAAACUGCUGAAGACGCAGGGGGCAGGCUCCCCACGUUCCUCACCCAGCCACACCAUCAGCCGGCCGAUCCCCAUGCCCAUCAGGUCUGCCUCUGCCUGCUCCACCCCGACCCACGCACCUCAGGACUCUCUGACCGGGGUGGGAGGAGAUGUGCAGGAAGCCUUUGCACAAAGUGCAAGACGAAACUUAAGAAAUGAUUUGCUGGUGGCAGCAGAUUCAAUCACCAACACCAUGUCUUCUUUGGUAAAAGAACUAAAUUCUGAAGUGGGCAGCGAGACAGAGAGCAAUGUGGAUUCUGAGUUUGGGCGGACUCAUUUUGAUGACCUGGUUCCCUCCCCGACGUCUGAGAAGGCUUUCCUGGCACAGAUCCAUGCCCGGAAGCCGGGAUACAUCCACAGCGCUGCUGCCACCGGCUCCAUGCGCAGUGACAUGGUUACAGAAGAUGGAGACCCUUAUGUCAGAGCAGAUGAUGAGAAUUACGAGAACGACUCUGUCCGCCAGCUGGAGAAUGAACUGAAAAUGGAGGAGUACCUGAAGCAGAAGCUGCAGGAUGAGGCUUACCAGGGAAGCUGCAGUCAGACAGACAAUGAAAGCUACGUAAGAACUGAUGAUGAGGAGAGCUGCUUUCGGACAGACGAUGAAGAAAACUCAGCUGCGAACUUCACAGAAGAGUGGAACCAAGAGGUGCAGCGUCUCUUGACAAAAAAAUCACAUAACUAAGUUCUGAGGACUGUAGCACAGUACUUUUGUUCUAAGAGUUGUAGUUUGUAGAUGUGUGUUUUUUGACAACAAGACUUUUGUUUAAAGCUAACUUAUAUUAGCGACAUCUUCUGUAACAUGGCUCAUUACCGGCGAAGCAGACAGACUGACGCGCGUGCCGCUGUCACACACGGCGGCGCUGUUAAUAACUCACGUGAACCCUUUGCACAUGAUAUUGAACUUGUUCAGUUUACAAUGACAAUACUGUUUAUAGUUAGAAAUUUGAUUUCUGAAUACUUUGAGAUUUUAGUAGAUUGGUUUACUAUACACUGUACAUUUUUUUUCCACGGGAGAAAUAAAAAGCGACAAUUAUGCAUUUAACACUGAA